AUGUCCGCUAAGCUCCUGCUGGUUUUCUUCCUCCUCUCAGUGUUCCACGCCCGUUCCAGAAAGGUUGAAGAGGAUGAAUAUGAAGAUGGAACAACCAACCAAAAAUGGGUUUUAGCUCCAAAAACACAAGACACAGAUGUGACCUUGAUACUAAACAAGCUGUUGAGAGAGUAUGACAAAAAACUACGGCCAGAUAUUGGAUUAAAACCAACAGUUAUUGAUGUUGACAUUUAUGUCAACAGCAUUGGUCCUGUAUCAUCAAUAAAUAUGGAAUAUCAAAUUGAUAUAUUUUUUGCUCAGACGUGGACAGACAGCCGUCUUCGCUUCAACAGCACCAUGAAAAUUCUGACUCUAAACAGCAACAUGGUUGGUUUGAUCUGGAUCCCAGACACAAUAUUUCGGAACUCCAAGACAGCAGAAGCACACUGGAUCACCACCCCAAACCAGCUCCUCCGGAUAUGGAAUGAUGGCAAGAUCCUGUACACCCUCAGGCUUACCAUCAAUGCUGAGUGCCAGCUGCAGCUACACAAUUUCCCAAUGGAUGAACACUCAUGUCCACUGAUAUUCUCAAGCUAUGGCUAUCCUAAAGAAGAAAUGAUUUACAGAUGGAGAAAAAACUCAGUGGAAGCUGCUGACCAGAAGUCUUGGAGACUCUAUCAGUUUGACUUUAUGGGUCUCAGAAAUACUUCAGAAAUUGUGAACACCUCUGCAGGUGAUUAUGUAGUCAUGACUAUAUACUUCGACUUAAGUAGAAGAAUGGGAUACUUCACUAUUCAAACAUACAUUCCCUGUAUAUUAACUGUUGUACUUUCCUGGGUGUCCUUUUGGAUUAAAAAAGAUGCCACACCAGCAAGAACAGCAUUAGGGAUUACUACAGUAUUGACCAUGACAACUUUGAGCACCAUUGCAAGAAAGUCAUUACCCCGUGUCUCCUAUGUCACCGCUAUGGAUUUGUUUGUGACUGUAUGCUUUCUAUUUGUAUUUGCUGCUCUGAUGGAGUACGCAACACUCAACUACUACUCCAGUUGCAGGAAACCAAACUGUACUAAGAAGAAAAAGUCGCUACCUGAUGUCAGUUUUGGUCAUGUGAUGAAUUAUUCUGUACUUGAUAUGAGACCACCAACUACAGUCAUCACAUUGAACAAUGCCAUGUAUUGGCAAGAAUUUGAAGAGGCAUGUGUCUAUGAAUGUCUGGAUGGGAAAGACUGCCAGAGUUUUUUCUGUUGUUAUGAAGAAUGUAAAUCAGGCUCAUGGAGGAGAGGACGGAUUCACAUAGACAUCUUAGAAUUGGACUCUUACUCUAGGGUCUUUUUUCCUACAUCCUUCCUGCUCUUUAACCUGGUCUACUGGGUUGGAUACCUCUAUCUUUAA